ACAACCCUAAAUUGCUACUUCUCGCUAAACUUUGCAACAUUAGCCGCCAGAUCUAAACUCUAAUUCAAAAUUUUCAAAAUCCUCCUCCGUAACCACCAAAAGAUCUUGUCAGACAGCAGUCAGAUUUCACAUCAAAAACAUUUCUUGCGGGAAACCAGAGAGUCUGUAAGCCUAGGGUACACCUACUGUGAUCAGAGAGAAGCGGUGGGUGUAUGUAUAAAGGACGAUAAAAAGAACCCCUUUUAAAGUUUUAACAUUUGAAACUCUCUUUCUCUCUCUCUAAAAGAAGAAACAGACGUUGGAGAAAAUCAAGGCCAGGAGCUGUGAAUCACACACACAAAAAACUGCAACAAAUCCGUGUUAAUGGAAGCUAUUAGGAAACAAGCUUCAAGAUUAAGAGAAACUGUUACAAAACAACAACAGGCUGUGUUUAAGCAGUUUGGGGCUGUUGGAUAUGGAGGUUCAGAUAAUGUAAAUUCUGAUGACCCAGAAGGUCAGCAGCAUCAAAAGCUCGAGAAGCUCUUUAUAUCAACCCGAUCUGGAAAGCACUUUCAAAGGGAUAUUGUUCGUGGUGUUGAAGGCUAUAUCGUUACAGGCUCUAAACAAGUGGAGAUAGGUACAAAGUUGGCAGAAGAUAGCAGGAAAUAUGGUGCUGAAAAUACCUGUACUAGCGGAAACACACUAUCAAAAGCUGCACUUAGUUAUGGACGAGCUCGUUCUCAGAUGGAAAAGGAGCGUGGGAAUCUACUGAAAGCCCUUGGCACACAGGUUGCAGAACCGUUAAGAGCGAUGGUGAUGGGUGCUCCCCUGGAAGAUGCUAGACAUCUUGCACAACGGUACGAUAGGAUGCGGCAAGAAGCUGAAGCUCAGGCUAUUGAAGUUUCCAAGCGGCAAGCGAAAGUUAGGGAAUCAAUGGGCAAUCCUGAUCUUACUUCAAAGCUGGAAGCUGCAGAAACGAAACUGCAUGAGCUGAAGUCAAAUGUCGCAACAUUAGGGAAGGAAGCUUCUGCAGCAAUGACUGCUGUAGAAGCUCAACAACAAAGAUUAACACUACAGCGCCUCAUCACAAUGGUUGAGUCAGAACGAUCUUACCAUUCCAGAGUCCUGCAGAUACUUGAUCAACUUGAAAGUGAGAUGGUAUCAGAGCGCCAAAGAAUUGAAGCACCUACUAGCCCAGUAGCGGACCACUCUAUGCCACCACCACCAUCGUAUGAUGAAGUUAACGGUGUUUCUGCUUCGGCCUAUGAGGGAGUGAUUGACAGCAUGGGAUAUUUUCUUGGGGAGGUUAUGCAUUCAUACCAAGCUGAGUCUGAUGUGGAAUUGAAUUUGUCAGUUGGUGACUACAUUGUUGUUCGAAAGGUAUCAAACAACGGCUGGGCAGAAGGUGAGUGCAAAGGUAAAGCAGGUUGGUUCCCUUUUGGAUUUGUUGAAAGACGAGAUCGCGUUCUUGCAAGCAAGAUAGCUGAAGUGUUCUGAAGAUAUUCAUGUGGCAAUGCUAGAUUUGUAUAUUUAAACGUGUGUAAGAUCUUGCAUUUGUUCUUGUCCUGUGAAAGCUCAGCAACCCCUUUCUUUUCAUUUUUUGCGGAGAAUCAGAAACCUAUUUUUGUUACGCCACUGUAUGAUGUUCCCGGUGUUUCAAAACAUGCACAUUAGUCCUGAAAAUGGAGGCAUUAUAGCUCAUGUUUUUGGUCAGUGGCCGACUUAGUGAUUUGUAGCUGCAUCAAGUGAUUUGGAGGCUUCUAUAGGGUCAUUUCACUUGGUCUGUCAUUUUGUAGCUGCAUCAAGUGAUUUGUUUUGUUUGAAUGAA